GUCCCGGCUCGUCUCUCAUUGUUAAAUAAUAACAAAAAAUAUCCAAUAUCGUUAGCUGAAUUAUGUAGAAGGUUGAGUAUGCCAGAAUGUUUGAAUACCUCUUACUUGAGUGGAAUUCUUCGAAGAGCUAAAAAUAAAAAUGGAGGUAAAAGUUUGAGAGAAGAUUUGGGUAAAUAUGACUGCGGUCUAAAUCUCCAGCCUGGAAAACGUAAAUCAAGUUUAGUAACAGCAUUCUCUACACUUUGUGAAAGAGAGGCUAUUCAAUUGGCUGAAGAUUUUGAUAAAUUAGUUAAAGACCCAAGUAAUGGAUUCCCUCAUCAUCAUAUAGCUAUGGAAAUGCAUCGUCGAGGGAAUCAAAGUCUUGAUGAUAUUAAAAGCUCUAUGGGAAUACUUCGAGAGGCUAUUUCAAUUGUUCAAACAGCAACUGAACAAGAAACACUUGAAUUAACAAUGCCUGGAGAAUUAAUAGACCCACAACAAUUACAAAUGCAGCAAUUAAUGCCUGACACUCUUAAUCAAUUUAAACGUUUUGCAAGGGCCAGUCAAACUAAAAAAAUUUUUUUAAAUUAUUUUAAAUAG